UUACCAAGAAGAAUGUCAGCUUCCAACAUCAGUGACAACAGUCUCCCAGCCACUCUCUUCCUGACGGGGAUCCCAGGGCUGGAGUGGGCUCACACCUGGAUUGCCAUCCCCUUUUGUGCCAUGUACCUGGUAGCACUGGCUGGAAAUGCCACCCUCCUCCUGGUCAUUGUGGCAGACAGGGCUCUUCAUGUACCCAUGUACCUCUUCCUUUGCCUUCUCUCACUCACCGACCUGGCUCUCAGCUCCACCACUGUGCCCAGAAUGCUGGUCAUUUUGUGGCUUCAGGCUGGUGAGAUUUCCUUUAGUGGAUGUCUGACCCAGAUGUUUUGUGUCCAUUCUAUCUAUGCUCUGGAGUCCUUGGUGCUUCUCGCCAUGGCCUUCGAUAGAUAUGUGGCUAUCUGCAACCCACUGAGAUACACGACGAUUCUCAAUCAUACCGUCAUAGGCAGAAUUGGCCUUGUGGGGAUAUUGCGUAGUGUGGCCAUUGUCUCCCCCUUCAUCUUCUUGCUGAGGCGCCUGCCCUACUGUCAGCACCGUGUCAUAGCACACACAUACUGUGAGCAUAUGGGCAUUGCUCGACUGGCGUGUGCCAACAUCACUGUCAAUAUUGUCUAUGGGCUGACUGUGGCCCUGCUGGCCAUGGGUCUAGAUUCCAUUCUCAUUAUUAUCUCCUAUGGCUUUAUCCUUCAUGUUGUCUUUCGUCUUCCCUCCCGCGAUGCCCAGCACAAGGCUCUGAGCACCUGUGGCUCUCACCUGUGUGUCAUCCUGGUCUUCUACAUUCCUGCCUUCUUCUCUUUCCUCACUCACCGCUUUGGCCAACAUCGAGUCCCCAAGCAUGUGCACAUCUUUCUGGCUAAUCUCUAUGUGCUGGUGCCUCCUGUGCUCAACCCUAUCAUCUAUGGGGCUAGGACCAAGGAAAUUUGGAGUAGACUUCUAAGACUGCUUUGCCUAGGGAAGGUCUCAGUAUGA